AUGCGCCUCUUGCACAUUCAAGACGAUGGCAACCUCAGCCUGGUGGAAUUCUUCGAGGAUGACACUCCACCAUACGCUAUCCUCUCACACACCUGGGGCCCUGAUAACGAGGAGGUCAGCUAUCGUGAUCUCGUUGAGGGAACCGGUAUACAGAAGCGGGGUCGUGGCAAGAUCGCAUUCUGUGCAAGGCAGGCAGCCUCGGAUAAUCUGAAACAUUUCUGGGUUGAUACAUGCUGCAGAUCGGUGUGUCGAUAUUUGCUGACCGGUUGGCUACCUGCUGUAGUUGACAAAUCAAGCAGCGCUGAGUUGACAGAGUCGAUCAAUUCCAUGUUUCAAUGGUAUAAGAAAGCAGUUGUCUGUUGCGUUCUACUUGAAGACCUUGCUUCAGGUACUGCGCUUGAUGUUGCGCUGGGGGAUGGAUUCUCGAGAUGCCGCUGGUUCACCAGAGGCUGGACACUACAAGAGCUGCUUGCGCCAAAGCUAGUGGAAAUCUUCAAUAAAGCUUGGGUAUACGUAGGCACCAAGUCCGAUCAUGCUGUGGCCAUUUCCCAGCUCACUCGCAUACCUACAGAGGUUCUACUCAACAAAACGGACAUUUUAAGAGUGCCUAUUGCCGAACGGAUGUCAUGGGCGUCAAAUCGACAAACAAAACGGAAAGAGGACAUAGCAUACUGCCUCCUUGGCAUAUUUGAUGUUAGUAUGCCUUUGAUCUAUGGGGAAGGAGAAAAGGCGUUUCGACGCUUACAGGAAGAAAUCAUCAAGCACAGCAACGACCUUACCAUAUUUAUGUGGGACGCUGCUUUGGGAAAUUCUGCUAAUGUUCCAACAUAUGUCGGAAUUCUCGCGAAGUCACCAGUACAAUUUGCAAACAGUGCAGACAUCACGCUUCUCCUAUACAAUGAUGCCAACCCCGAAUUCUCCCUCACAAACAAAGGACUUUUCCUCAAA